GUGUGUGUGUUCUGUGCCAUCAUACAAUAACAGUGCUCUAAAAGCCCAUUCUCACCAUAGCAACCUCAGAUGAACAUAAAACACUUGAUGAACAAUAUCAGAGGGGGUGGAAAGACCGGAUUUACAUGUAUGACACCCUGAGAAAUCUGUUCAACAGCACAGUGGAGAGAAGCAAGACGUCAUGGAGUAACUGGCACUCACAGGUAACUUCUCUGUCUUGUUUCCAGUGAACUGAGUUGGAUGGAUCUGCAAAUUCAUACGCUUAUCUCUGGCUACCCUCCUGCCAUGGCCCACGCAGGCCCAGAGGUGCACUGGAGAUGGUUGGAGCUCCAUGACUCUGUGUCCAUGGUGUCUGUGGAGAGGAAGUUCCGGACAGCUGCGGGAACAAGACAGUGGAGGAUCCACCGACGACCCAAACCCAGGCACUCUCUCUUGGAUGAGCGCAGGCUGCACUAUGCCGCUUGGCAGGGUUGUCUGGAGCAAGUCAGGGCCAUGCUGGGACAUGGGGUGCCUGCUAACUGCCAGGACCCGCAUGGUUGGACAGCUGUCCACCACGCCUCUUUCAAGGGUCAUCUCAUGCUGAUCAAGUUCCUGUUGCAAACUGGCCAGGUGGAGGUAAAUAGCCAAGACUUCUUCAACUGCACUCCCCUGCACCGCUCUUGCAGCGGAGGAAACCCCGAGACCACAGCCUUUCUCCUCCAGAAGGGGGCAUCACAUUCAGAAAGGUCCUGCUCUGGCCAGACGCCCCUUCACCUGGCUGCAGCCAGCGGAUACCUGUGCACGGCACGGGUUUUGCUCCAGCACUUGGCCUCACCGAACGCCCAGGACUUUCACAAGUGGACACCCUUGCAUUGGGCGAUUUUUGGAGGCUGGGGGGACGUGGCGGAGCUUCUGCUAGAUAAUGGGGCAGAUGUGGAGGGAGGAAAAGGUGUGGGCAUGAGCCCUCUGCAGCUGGCAGUGUUGACAGGGAAUGAGGCGGGGGUGAGACUGCUGUUGCACCGAGGCGCAGAUGCCAAUAUGAGGGGUCCUAAUGGGCGCACAGCCAUGCACCUUUGUGCCUACUCUGGAGACAAGAAGAUCCUUCAGCAGCUGUUAACAGGAGGGGCCAAGGUUGAUGUCAGGGAUGGAGAUGUGGCGUCUCCGCUGCAUCUGGCUGCCCGCAGUGGCUCCAGGGCUGUAGUGCACUUGUUGAUUCUGAACGGAGCAGGACUUGAGGACAGGGACAACCUCAAAAUGACACCACUGCACUACUCAGCACUCAGGGAUAAUGUUGAGGCUGCCAAACUGUUGCUGCAUUACGGGGCAGAUGUGAAUGCUGUGGAGAGGCUCGGACAGACACCUUUGCACCUGGCCUCAGAGAGGGGUCACUGCAAGGUCUUCAAGGUUCUGCUAGACAAAGGUGCUGAUCCUGCUGUAAGGAGCAGCUGGAGAGAGACAGCAGAGGACGUUGCAAGAACACACAAUAUGAUAGGCAUCGUCCAGCUUCUUCAGCAACACCAGACUGUCAGGAUGAGCGAUCGAGUUCAGGACGGUGUGCAGAGAUAGAAGAAAAAACAGUGAAUUAAGGCCUGAUCACAC